UUCUUGUUGUUACUCAUACCUAUCUCUAUUGUGGUCUUUGAUCUUUAGUUUGAUUAACUUAGACUUGGUGCAAAUAAGUGCAUUUUUAGGUAUUGGUCAAAUUUUCAAGGCUUAGUUUUCUGUUCAUCAGCCUGACUUUGGACUAUUGCAUUCAAACAUAAUUGUAGAGGACUAGAUUGAAAUCUGCAAUUCUACUGGCCAAAAAAAGAAGAAAUCUGCAAUUCUUGUCGAAGUGGAAUGGAUGUCGAUGAGAAGGAUAAGUUCAAGCUAGAGAAGAGAAGUGACAAUGGUAUAAACUACCAAGGAUCUGGUAUGUCAUCGGCUUGGCGGUUUAGUGGUGGCAAUGUCACAAGUACUCCUAUGAGUUUAGUUCAUAGUGAUAAUCCAUUUGUUAUCGGCUCUUCGUCUGGUUCGGUUUCGAUGGUAGAUUCGUUUUGUUCUAACCUGUGGGAGCAGCCUGUUAAUUCACAAAACUUGGGUUUUUGUGAUAUUAAUGUGCAAAACGGUGUGAGCUCUUCAAAUGCAAUGGGAAUUGCGAGAGACGGUCCCGCCUCUAUGAGAAGUAGCAUUGAUAGACCAUUUGAUAUGGGAUGGAAUGCUUCAAGUUCGAUGCUGAAAGGGUGUAUGUUUUUACCGAAUGCGACUGGGAUUCUACCUCAGAGCCUGUCCCAGUUACCGGCUGACUCGGCUUUCAUCGAACGUGCUGCCAAGUUCUCGAGCUUUAGUGGGGGGAAUUUUAGUGAUAUGGUCAACCCUUUUGGCAUUCCCGAAUCUAUGGCCGUGUAUAAUAGGGGUGUGAGCCUGAUGCAAGGACCACAAGAUGUUUCUGCAAUCGGUGGGAUGAAAUCAGUAUCCGGUGUGGAACCUCAGAAAACUAGGAUGAUUGCCACUGAAACUUCCAGUGAUGCUUGUUUGCGAGCUGAAAAUAGGGCUUCUCAAGAAAGUCCGCUCAAGAAUGUAAGGAGAAGUGAAAGUCUCACGCGGUCUAAUGAAGAAAUUAAACUAGGAAACGGUGGCUCAGGUGAGGCCGAGUCUAGUGACGGUGUUGGUAGUCAAGAUGAGCCAUCUGCAUUGGAUGGUACAGGCUGUGAACCGUCAGCUAAAGGUGUUAGUUAUAAGAAAAGAAAAAGGAGCAUUCAGGAUGCUGAGAUUGAUCAAGCUAACAGAAGCCAAUCACCUGUCGAGGCUGCUAAGGAUGGUGCUGAAAACCAACAGAAAGGAAACCAGAACCAAUGUACAUUGUUGAACAGGCCUACGACAAAACAUGGAAAACAAGGGCCUCAAGCAUCUGAUCCACCAAAAGAAGAAUACAUCCAUUUCAGAGCUCGAAGAGGCCAGGCAACAAACAGCCAUAGUCUUGCAGAAAGGGUAAGGAGAGAAAAGAUCAGUGAAAGGAUGAAAUUUCUGCAGGACCUUGUUCCUGGUUGCAAUAAGGUUACAGGCAAAGCAGUGAUGCUCGAUGAAAUCAUUAACUACGUGCAAUCACUUCAGCGGCAAGUUAAGUUUCUAUCGAUGAAACUUGCAACGGUGAACCCACUGCUUGAUUGCGAUAUACAAGGGCUUCUUGCGAAAGAUAUUAUUCAAUCGCGAGCCGGUCCAUCAACGCUGGGGCUCCAUCCGGACUUGUCUGUGGGUUAUACUCCGUUACAUCCAUCUCAACCUGGACUUGUUUCAGGUGGUCUUCCUGUCAUGGGGAGUAAUGCUGAUUUUAUGCGUGGAACUCUCGGUUCCCACUUCAUGCCAAUGACCAGAGGAUUCAAGGAGCCUAAUCAGCUAUCAAAUGCAUGGGAGGUUGAGCUCCACAACGUCGUCCAAAUGAACUACGGAACCAGUGUUCCUUCCGACUGCCAAGAAGUAAAUGGGUCUCAACCAUCAGGCCAUACGAAAGUAUAACUUCGAUCCUAAUGGGUUUAUAUAGCUCUAUUUCUGGCAGCUCGGAUUUAUAACAUACGUUUUUGAAGAUAGCCAAAGACAUGCAAUUUGAAUAUGAUGCCACUAUUCUCCUACCCUGUACUCACUGAAUAACUGAAGGCAUCAUCGGCCUGGAUUUAUAACAGGGAAUAUCAGUCAAGUUCGACCGAAGCAGAUGCAUGUUCGACGGCAACGGGAGGCAAUUGUAUCAUUUGUAUGGUUGUAUAGAUUGAUGAUAUGGAAUUUUUUUUGUGAUGUGGGAGUUGGAUGUUUUUAUGUAGUUAUCUUUGAAGAUGUCUUACUGUAAUUUACAGAUAACAGUGAGAUGCAU